AUGAUUGUAAGAAAUGAUGAUGAUGAUGAUGAUGAUGAUGAUGAAGGAGACAAUGUCUCCCGUUCUCUGGCUCCCAACAGAACAUAUUCAAGAACACCCAGAAGAAAACAAUAUGCAGUUGACGAGUAUGUGGUUUCCUCGCAUCCUGAGUUUCCAAUCCCAACGGAUCUCAGAGAGUUAUUGCAUAAUAAGCGAGUCCCUGAUGUUAUUAUGGAAGAUUUGAACAUGGAGAGUUAUGCUGCGCAUGAAUCAAUGCAACCUACAACUCCAAGAAGGGACACAUGCAAAGGCCAUUUGGUUUUGGAUUUGGGAAUGGAUAUUUCUCCAUUGAUUUACUUGAAGUUAGAUUCUCAACUUAGCGGUAAUGUGGCAAACGCAGAGACUAUAAUUGAAACCCUUCAACUUAAGUUUUUAGAUUUAAUGAGCAUAUUGUUCCCUUAUCCAGAGGACAUCCCUAUCCCCAAACUCAAUACAAGUAACGACAGUCCUGCGGUUGGAAAUUCAGAUAUGUGGUACCAGAGCGCCCAAGAACAGAUGAUACUUGUCUGUCAUGUCCAUUCCAGGUCCACUUAUGGAGUUGUCAUAUAUCCAGAGGAGUAG